AUUCAUUACCUGUUCAGUGUUUUGUUACUCGGCACUGUGUGACAAGUGAAUUCAAUAUCAAAAAUGACUGACAUCCAUCGUAUGGUAUCACUCCUGUUCAUCGCUGUGAUUGCAUUCUAUAUUGCGGAAGCAACAAAAACGACCACAGCACCAACAAGCAGUAGUACAACAAAAACGACCACAGCACCAACAAGCAGUAGUACAACAAAAACGACCACAGUACCAACAAGCAGUAGUACAACAAAAACGACCACAGUACCAACAAGCAGUAGUACAACAAAAACGACCACAGUACCAACAAGCAGUAGUACAACAAAAACGACCACAGUACCAACAAGCAGUAGUACAACAAAAACGACCACAGUACCAACAAGCAGUAGUACAACAAAAACGACCACAGUACCAACAAGCAGUAGUACAACAAAAACGACCACAGUACCAACAAGCAGUAGUACAACAAAAACGACCACAGUACCAACAAGCAGUAGUACAACAAAAACGACCACAGUACCAACAAGCAGUAGUACAACAAAAACGACCACAGUACCAACAAGCAGUAGUACAACAAAAACGACCACAGUACCAACAAGCAGUAGUACAACAAAAACGACCACAGUACCAACAAGCAGUAGUACAACAAAAACGACCACAGUACCAACAAGCAGUAGUACAACAAAAACGACCACAGUACCAACAAGCAGUAGUACAACAAAAACGACCACAGUACCAACAAGCAGUAGUACAACAAAAACGACCACAGUACCAACAAGCAGUAGUACAACAAAAACGACCACAGCACCAACAAGCAGUAGUACAACAAAAACGACCACAGUACCAACAAGCAGUAGUACAACAAAAACGACCACAGUACCAACAAGCAGUAGUACAACAAAAACGACCACAGUACCAACAAGCAGUAGUACAACAAAACCGACCACAGUACCAACAAGCAGUAGUACAACAACAACGACCAAAGCACCAACAAGCAGUAGUACAACAACAACGACCAAAGCACCAACAAGCAGUAGUACAACAACAACGACCAAAGCACCAACAAGCAGUAGUACAACAACAACGACCAAAGCACCAACAAGCAGUAGUACAACAACAACGACCAAAGCACCAACAAGCAGUAGUACAGCAUCUUCGAUGCCGUCAUCGGGAAGUAAUCUGUUGUCUCAUUUGGUGGCACAAAUAGUUUUCACCUUUUUUCUUACAUUUUCUUACCUUUUCUGCUUUUAAUUUGCGAAAAAUAAAAACUCUGUAGCAAAAAAAA